GAGAUGAAUAUUUUGAUGAUUGCUUAAAAUAUAUUCGUGAACAUGAAUUAUAUCAUUCUGCAAUAUCAAUAUUUGCAAAUAAUAAUGAAAAAUAUAAAUGUCAUGGCCAUUUAUGGGGAUUAUUUGUUUACGGAAUCAAACUUCAAGGAGGCUGGCUUAG